GCAGCAACUGAGCUGGAUGCCGACAGACGGGCAUACGCAGUGUGGGUGUCUGAGAUCAUGCUCCAGCAGACGCAGGUGGCUACAGUGAUCAACUACUACAACCGCUGGAUGCAGAAGUGGCCGACGCUGCAGGCUCUGGCACAGGCGUCCCUGGAGGAGGUGAAUGAGGUGUGGGCUGGACUUGGCUACUACUCAAGAGGGAAGCGUCUGCAGGAGGCAGCAAGGAAGGUGGUGUCUGAGCUGGCUGGCCAGAUGCCCAGGACAGCUGAGGACCUGCAGAAGCUGCUGCCGGGAGUGGGCCGAUACACGGCGGGAGCCAUCGCGUCCAUCUCGUAUGGACAGGCUACUGGUGUCGUGGAUGGAAAUGUGAUCCGGGUCCUGUGCCGCCUACGGUGCAUCGGUGCCGACUCCAGCAGCCCGGCUGUCAUUGACCGGCUCUGGGACAUGGCUAAUGCCCUGGUAGACCGGAGCCGCCCGGGGGAUUUUAACCAAGCCCUGAUGGAGCUGGGGGCAACUGUGUGUGUGCCCAAGGCCCCGCUGUGCAGGGAGUGCCCUGUGAAGCAGCACUGCCAUGCACGGCACAGGGUGGAGAAGGAGCUGGCCUUCGCCUCUCAGAAGCUGUUUGAAAAACCCGCCCCAGUGCCUGAUGUUGAGGACUGUGGUGUUGGGGGCUGUCCCCUGUGCCCCCCAGCCACGGAGCCGUGGGACAGUAGCCUGGGGGUGACCAACUUCCCCCGGAAAGCAGCAAAGAAGCAGCCGCGGGCAGCACGAACAGCCACGUGUGUGCUGGAGCGGAGGGGCUGCCACGGGGCCCUGGAGUACCUCAUCGUGCAGAGCUCGGGUCUCCUGGCUGGGCUCUGGGAGUUCCCAAGUCUCCCACUAGCUGAGGGCCUGCAGGAGGAGAAGCAGAGGGAGGCGCUGGCAGAUCACCUCCAGGCCUGGACAGGGCGGCCCGUGGUGGCCAAAGGCUUGCGGUUCAUCGGAGAGGUCAUCCACAUCUUCUCUCACAUCCACCAGACGUAUGUGGUCUACUCCCUGCCCCUGGAUGAGGACGUGACCCUGGUCCCUGCCUUGUCCCCGUCCCGCUGGGUGACAAAGGAGGAGUUCUGUGCCUCUGCGGUGUCCACGGCUAUGAAGAAGGUGCUGAAAGCAUGUGAGAAGCAGCAUGGGAAGGAGAGCAGCCCUGGCAAGGGUGCCAAGCGGAAGCGGGGGGCAAAACUGCAGGGAGCGGGCAGCACCAGCUCUGGGACGCAGCUCUCCCUCCACACUUUCCUCCGGGCACAGACUGCCCUGUGA